GCAGGAGGAAUUGCAUGUUCUUGUAUAUUCAUCCUGGUAUUUUUUGUAUGUUUAUGUAUAUUCAUCCGGUUAUAUUUUGGUAUGUUCAUGUAUAUUCAUCCUGUUAUAUUUUGUAUGUUCAUGUAUAUUCAUCCGGUUAUAUUUUGGUAUGUUUAUGUAUAUUCAUCCUGGUAUAUUUUGGUAUGUUCAUGUAUAUUCAUCCUGGUAUAUUUUGGUAUGUUCAUGUAUAUUCAUCCUGGUAUAUUUUGUAUGUUCAUGUAUAUUCAUCCUGGUAUAUUUUGGUAUGUUCAUGUAUAUUCAUCCUGGUAUAUUUUGUAUGUUCAUGUAUAUUCAUCCUGGCAUAUUUUGGUGUGUUCAUGUAUAUUCAUCCUGGCGUAUUUUGGUAUGUUCACGUAUAUUCAUCCUGGUGUAUUUUGGUGUGUUCGUGUAUAUUCGUCCUGGCGUAUUUUGGUAUGUUCACGUAUAUUCAUCCUGGCGUAUUUUGGUAUGUUCACGUAUAUUCAUCCUGGCGUAUUUUGGUAUGUUUAUGUAUAUUCAUCUGGUUAUAUUUUGGUAUGUUUAUGUAUAUUCAUCCUGGUAUAUUUUGGUAUGUUCAUGUAUAUUCAGCCUGGUAUAUUUUGGUAUGUUCAUGUAUAUUCAUCCUGGUAUAUUUUGGUAUGUUUAUGUAUAUUCAUCUGGUUAUAUUUUGGUAUGUUUAUGUAUCAUCCUGGUAUAUUUUUGUAUGUUUAUGUAUAUUAAUCCUCAUAUUUUUUAUAUGUUUAUGUAUAUUCAUUCUGGUAUUUUUUUUUAUAUCUUAAUGUACAUUCAUCCUUGUAUUCUUAUAUGUUUAUGUAUAUUCAUCCUGGUAUUUUUUUUUUAUAUGUUUAUGUAUAUUCAUCCUGGUAUAUUUUUAUGUUCCUAGGUCAUGUUAAUAUUUGUAUCCCAACUUAAACGUCUUAUUGUUUUACACACACCAUUGUAACUGUUUGACAACAUGUUUAGGAGUACUUAAAUAUUAAAACUGAAUAUUCUCGAAAAACGAAUAUAAAUCUAAUAGUAUAACAUAAUGUUAUAAUAUACUUUAACAUAACAUCACACAUAACGCCACCCGUUUCUACACUGCGCUGUCGGUAGAGCGUUGCCUUAGUAACGGCUGUGCGUUUGGUGGCGCUGUGAGAAACCGGAAGUGCGUGUCCUUAUAAUCUGCUGCACGAAAGGAUGGCUGACGACGAGACCGUCAAAACGGAGGCUUCGCUACCUGUGGCCACGAAAGCCCGUCCUAAAAAAGCCCCAGAGCUCCCGAUACUAGAGAGGAGGAACUGGCUCAUCCAUCUACACUACAUCCGUAAAGACUACGAGACGUGCAAGAUGAUUAUAAAAGAGCAGCUGCAGGAGACUCAGGGCAUGUGUGAAUAUGCCAUAUAUGUCCAAGCUCUGAUCCUACGUGUAGAGGGGAAGAUCCAGCAGUCUCUAGAGCUGUUUCAGAGCUGUGCCAUCCUCAACCCCACCAGCUCAGACAACCUCAAACAAGUGGCUCGCUCCCUUUUUCUCUUAGGAAAACAUAAGGCUGCCAUUGAGGUUUACAAUGAGGCGGCUCGACUCAAUCAGAAAGACUGGGAGAUCAACCAUAAUCUCGGAGUUUGCUACAUCUACACCAAGGACUUCAAGAGUGCUGAGGAGCAUCUAAACACGGCGCUGCAGCUUAACAAGCACGACAUGACUUACAUGAUGCUGGGAAAGAGCUAUCUGCUACAGGGAGACACAGAGAAGGCCAUUGAGAUCUAUAAGAGUGCAGUGGAGUUUUCCCCAGAGAACACAGAGUUGCUGACCACACUGGGACUCUUGUAUAUGCAGCUCGGAAAAUAUCAGAGGGCCUUCGAACAUCUUGGGAAUGCUCUGACAUAUGACCCAAACAAUUACAAGGCCAUCCUGGCAGCAGGAAGCAUGAUGCAGACACAUGGGGAUUUCGAUGUGGCCAUGAAUAAGUAUCGUGUGGCAGCUUUCACUGUGCCUGAAAGCCCCCCACUCUGGAACAACAUUGGCAUGUGCUUCUUCGGCAAAAAGAAAUAUGUAGCUGCUAUAAGCUGUCUGAAGAGAGCAAACUACCUGUCUCCAUUUGACUGGAAGGUCUUGUAUAAUCUUGGUUUGGUGCAUCUCACCAUGCAGCAGUACGCCUCAGCCUUCCACUUCCUCAGUGCUGCCAUUAACCUGCAUACACGCAUGGGAGAGCUCUACAUGCUACUCGCAGUCGCCCUGACCAAUUUGGACGACGUAGAAAAUGCGCGCAGGUCAUACGAACAAGCCGUUCAGCUGGAUGAGUCCAACCCUCUGGUGAAUCUGAAUUUUGCAGUGCUGCUGUAUAAUCAGGGAGACAAGAAGGCAGCACUAGAGCAGUACCAGGAGAUGGAGAAAAAAGUCAACACGUUGAUAGAGCGCAACAGCAACACUGAGUUUGACCCUGAGCUCAUAGAGAUGGCUCAUAAAAUGGGUGCAGCCCUUCAGGCUGGGGACAAUUUAUUCUGGUCGAAACCUGGCAAAGAGUCCAAGAGCAGCCAGCGCUCAUCUUCCAGCAAGCAGUCCUCCUCCCAGCAGCCCCUGGGCUCUAAUCAAGCCUUGGGUCAGGCCAUGUCGUCUGCUGCAGGUUACAGCAAAAGCAUGCAGCUGGCUGCAGAGCCAGAUGUGCAGAGUGCACCAGCACCCCCCUCUGAGCCUCAAGGAGAUGCUGGACACGAAGGUGAUGAAGCAGCAGAACUUCCCAAAUCCAAGGAGAAGACAAAGAGCAAGCCCAGAGCAGUCGCAGAGUAGAGCUUGCCAUUCAGCAUAGAAGAGGCAGGAUUUGUUUUCUUAAGUGAGUAAAAUGAUCUAAAACAUGCUGAGGAUGAAGUGAGUGCUGGUGUUCUUACAAAUAUUCUACGAAGCAGAACACUAAGAUGUCCGGCAUUUCUAUAAGCUUGUGUAUUGCCGUUCAGGUAGGUGCAAAUUACAAUACACAAUUUCAGUAACCAAAAAAAUGUAUGUUUUGACCUAUACUAUCAGUCAAAAGUUUUGGACACAUUGGACCAAAUAUAUCUACUUUUCAUUGUUUUAAAGACAUUCUGAUGAAAGCAUACAGCUGAAAUUUUUAAGACAGUUGUACAUAGUGGAGUUAAUGCCCAUGUAUAAAUUUCAGAAUCAACAUGUAUUUUUAAGUAGAUUUUACUUAAAAUUAUAUUGUUUCCACAGACAAGUCAAUUUUAGGAGAAGGAGCUUGGAGCUUGGUCUUUUCGGGAAAAGCUCCCUCAUUAAGCUGGUUAAGAAAGGGGCACGUAUGUGCAAAGCUUCAUAAGGAAUACUGUUAGGAAUUGAAUCUUAAUAAUAAUAAUAAUAAUAAUAAUUAUUAUUAUUAUUAUUAUUCAGUCCAUUCUGAAACCCUGGAUUGCAAAAUCAAGCGAACUCCACAAUAUUCCUAGGAGCUUGCAAUUUGUCAAAAUUCCCGCAGAUUCGGGCCAAGAUGCGUCGUGUGCGCAUUCAGCCAAAGUCCUCUUUGAUUCACGUGCGUCGAACAUGAAUGCAGCUAAAAGGUCUCAUUUACCGACAAACAUCACUGCGAAACACCGUGCUAAACAGUUUAGUGGAAUUGCAAUUUCGCCAAUUCAGAAGUAGUUUUCCGCCAAAAAAAAAAAAAAACCUCUCCAAAUUCCAUCGCAAGUUUUGAAAAACGACGCAGCAAAAUCUUUUUGGCCACGACAAUCAAAACAAAACAAAAAAACUAAUUUCCACAAAAUCCUGUAGGGACUGAUUAUUAUUAUAAAAUACUAAAAACCCUUCCAUGGGUAAGGGUGUCAAAACUUGUGACGUAUGCGAGAAUUAGAUAGUUUUAAAUACCAGUAAUAGAUUCAUUAAGUUAUCCCUCCUAUUAUGUUGGCCUCCUAUUAUUAUUUGGCCCAUAACAUCCAUUAUGUUAUGGGCCAAAUGACUUAAACAGUUUAAUUAAAUACACACCAAAAAAACCCAGCAAACAACAGCUUAAAACAGUAAACCUUUAUUAUGGCUUGUUUGAGACAAGCCAUAAGAAGAAAUAUUUGCAUAUAUGUAAGUGAGGAAAAGUCAAAGAAUUCCAAAGAGAAGAUUAAAAGAGUAUUUCAGACAUCUCAAAUGUGGAAAUGGGUCAAAUUGACCCAUAACAUAAUAGGAGGGUUAAACAAGUCCAGAAACCCAUAUAGAAGCAUAGUUUUAGUUUUUUUUGUUGGGGGAGGGGCGGGGGGUAUAUUCGUAUUUUAUUCGCAUAAAGGUUUUGGUUAGAUUUUGGUUUUGGUUAAGGCAUUUGAUUUCAUUGGGUGCCUGUAGGAUUCUCAAGCCAUUUUUAUUUUCAUUUCAUAGCAGCUCAUGUUUCCUGUUAAUAAGUAGGUCACGGUCAUAGUAGUCAAUGAAAAGUCAAUGGUCUGGAGGAGAAAAAAACAAAACAGCAUUUUCUACUCAGUGCAAUAAUACAGUCUCAAGUAAGACUAAGUACAGUACUCACCAAACGGAUUGAAGACUACGCACCGAGUUCGCACAAGAAGACAAAGUAAGGAUAAAGUCUCUUUCCUGUACCCAUGAAAAACAUCCUCUCUUCCUCAAUUUCUCACUGUUCACAUUAAGGUCUAAGUGACUGGAAGAGCACCUACAGGAACAUCUAUACAGCUGGUUAGAUGCUUAGCGGCACUGUAGAGAGGACCAAGAGUAAGGAAAGUAAGUGUUUUUAAGACAUUGUUAUUGGACCUCAGGGACUCUAAAUACCUUAAAAUAACAAACAAAUAAAGUUCACUUUCACUCAUCAGACUGCAGCUGGGGCACAAUCUCCGAGUAGAGGAGUCCUUCUGCUGAGAUCGCGUC